AUGACUCUGUAUCCCCCUGGCGCGGCCUACGUGAAGAGUGCUUUCCAUGCGCUGGCAUCCGUGACAGCCAUGAGCCCGCAGCACUGUGGAUUCAUCAUGCUACCAGUUCUCCAGAAGCAGACGACAGACAUAGCCCGGAUCAAGCACCGCCGAACCAUUGAAGACCACUUGGUCAAGGGCAACAUGUCCAUUGGGCAGGAGACCACAGUUUUCUAUGUGAAGCCAGAUGCUGGGCCCCGGGAUGGCAGGCCACUGGCUCAUGUGUGCCUGAUGACGACUCACAACUCCUACUCAGACACUCCGUGGAUGGAAGCUGACCCAGUAACUGCUGGGCGAGUGGGACCGUUUCCUCUCAUUCGCAUCUCCGACAUGCUUGGCUUUGACGAGGCGACGCGACCAUCGGCGAGCGCGAGAGUAGAACAGCGAGGUGUGCCGUGCGGGCAGGCCUUGAUGAAGUCUUUGGUUGGCGGCAUGGACAUCAGGGACACUGACAAGUUGGUUUGGUUUGACAUUGUGCCGAACCGGCAUGCGGAGCAUGCCAGAGCAGCUUUGCAGACCCUCCUUGCCAAGGAUGGUGAUAGCAAGAAGUUUGUAUAUGUUGGCUUUGUGCGGGACGAGAAAAUCACCGAUCUCCGGGCAGCGCUGGAGAGUCAAGUUUACGAAAGCUGGGACAACAAUUUGGACAUUGCACCGCCCAAAGAGCGUCCUCCAACAUCCACAGCUGUGCCUACUUCAGAAGCAUUGGGUUUGAGCCUGGUUCCGCUCAAGAACGGCAAGCCACUGUUUCCGCUGUCAGUUUUGCAGGCCAGGUUCAACGAAGGGAGUGAAGAGCGAGCUGAGAUUGCUGCCUUGCAGGCAGAAUUCGAAAAAGAGUUUGGAGGGACAUCGCCGGGCAGCACAAAAGGAGGAGACGCCCACCGCGCCAGCGCACUGUGCGAUUUCAGCGUUGAUGAGGGCUUGCGCCCGCUGGAUUGCAAACGGGUCGUCGACCUUCCCGCGAAGCCGAUCUCAGACUUCUCUGACGAGAGGCUUGGUGCGGUCGCUGGGAAGGGAGGAAAGCCAACGAUGGUGUUGACCAAAGACUUCCAUGUGUGGCUUCUCAACAGCACCAGCGAAGCUAUGGAGAUGGAUGCUGGGGAGUUGUUUGGCUUUGGCACUGGUCAAUACCAGAACCAGGUUGUAUCUCGCGAGUCCGAAGAAACCUUGGGGCUUGCAUGGAGGCUGGCUUCGGACCGCAACAUCGUGUCCCACGAGAAAACGCCCACUGCGCUGUGUCAGCUGAUGCGCAAGUGCGCUGUGGAGCAAGGUCUAGCUGACUUGGAGCUUGAGUUUCAUGUUCUCGCAGGGAAGAUGCACCCAGCUACAGAUGGUCAUGAAGCCACGCCAGUCGACUUUAGGUGGGAUAUCUCCACUACUAUCUCGCAGAAGACAUGUAUCUACAAGCCAAACCCUGUGACUGCCAACCCUGACUUGAAGAAAGCCUUCUUUGGUGGCCUUUUUGCCAGCAACUUCCACAAGGUUCCCAGGAACGAGGUCUGUGCCCUGACUUGGGAGGUUCAAGUGAACAGCAGCCCGCCCAAGAUUCUUCCGGUCAAGCCAAAGGUGUACUUGCUAGCCAAGUUGACCAUUCCUGCCGCAUCCUGUGUGGACUUGUCAGCGUGUCCCUGAGUGUCCAACCAUGAGGCUGCCUGAUGCCAGGCUUUGCAGUUUCUGAUUUCAGCC